AUGCCAUCUCCUCCCCGUUCCAAGUCGGGCAGCAGUAUUCACAAAGCACCUCGUUCGCCAUCCUCUCGCUCGCACCGCCAUUCUUCCCUCGUCGCCAAGCUCGAGUCCGUGUCGCCGCGAGUCGUGCUCGGCCACGACGCCCUCGCCAGUCUCCCGACGGAGCUCAACAAGCUGUGCCUCUCGUGCCCUCUCGUCAUCUACAGCCCGUCGCGGCUCUCCCUCGCCAACCGCAUCCGCGCGCUGCUGCCGAACCUGGACGCCUGUUUUAUAUCGCUGGAUACACAUCCCGGGCCGGCGAUUCUGGCUGGGCGUGACGCUGUCAUCAGCGUGGGGGGGCCUCGGGCUGUCGCGCUGGCGAGACGAAUCGGCUUCAAGAUGAGCAUUCCGCACAUCUGCGUGCCGACGAUGCAUAGCGGGGCGGCGGGCCAUCUCCCACCGCCGUGGGGGCAUCUGGGGGAAGACGGCGGCGAUUCGAGGAUAUGCGAAGAGGGGGGCGAUGGCGAGAAGAGUUUGCCGACGGUCAUAUUAUAUGAUCAGAGGCUGACGGAGAGCCGUAUAAGACGAUUUUCUGCGCCGUCGGGAGUUUGCGAUGACACGGAGACUGAAGUCGAGACUGAUCUUGUUCUUGUCGGUCCGGAUGUUGCGACAGGCGCGAAUGCAUCUGUAUUGCGAUCCGCGCAGAGCAGUACGGCUCAGUGGAGCUAUAUCAACUUGCCUGGAGUCUGA